AUUUCUCUCUUUCUCUCUCACCGCAUAAUCCUUACUUGCACCACAUUACCACUACCACCCUUUUCCAACACUCUUCAAUUCAUCCUGUUCCUGUUCCUGUCUUGUUUUCAUGACAUAAACUAUCAACAGUUGCUGUCCAUUUUGGUCACCGUUCCACAUAAUGUGCCAUUUAUUGCAAGUCUAACAUUAUAACCUUUCUUCAUAUUAUAUAUAGCAUUCCAUGGCCUCCUUAAUGCUCAAUGGAGCUCAAAAUCUAAACCUCAUUAGUGGCAUAGCUCCACCUGGUUUAGGCUCAACUGGUCUUACUCUUAACUUUAAGGACAAGUGCUUCUUCAAGAAGGGUGUGUUGUCUCAUAACAAGUUAAGGGUGAGAAAAAACAUGACCCCAACAUGCAGCAUCUCAGCCUCUAGGCCUAGUUCUCAGCCUAGGUUCAUCCAGCACAAGAAGGAGGCCUUUUGGUUCUACAGGUUUCUGUCAAUUGUGUAUGAUCACAUCAUAAACCCGGGGCACUGGACUGAGGACAUGAGGGAUGAGGCACUGGAGCCUGCUGAUCUCUAUGAUCGCAAGAUGAGAGUGGUGGAUGUUGGAGGAGGAACUGGCUUCACCACUCUUGGCAUAGUGAAACAUGUGGAUGCCAAAAAUGUUACAAUUCUUGACCAGUCACCUCACCAGCUUGCCAAGGCUAAGCAGAAGGAGCCCUUGAAAGAAUGCAAGAUAAUUGAAGGGGAUGCAGAAGAUCUUCCAUUUCCAACUGAUUAUGCUGAUAGAUAUGUUUCUGCUGGAAGUAUUGAAUACUGGCCGGACCCACAACGUGGCAUUAAGGAAGCAUACAGAGUGCUAAAGAUAGGAGGCAAAGCUUGUGUUAUUGGUCCUGUGCACCCAACAUUUUGGUUAUCUCAGUUCUUUGCAGAUGUGUGGAUGCUCUUCCCAAAGGAGGAAGAGUACAUUGAAUGGUUUAAAAAGGCUGGUUUCAAAGAUGUUAAGCUCAAAAGGAUUGGUCCAAAAUGGUAUCGUGGGGUGCGCAGGCAUGGUCUCAUCAUGGGUUGCUCAGUCACUGGUGUCAAGCCUUUGUCUGGAGACUCUCCCCUCAAGCUUGGUCCGAAGGUAGAGGAUGUAAAGAAGGCUGUGAAUCCAUUUGUGUUUCUUUAUCGGUUCAUUCUUGGUGUAAUUGCAUCCACUUACUACGUACUGGUGCCAGUUUACAUGUGGAUUAAAGACAAAAUUGUUCCAAAGGGCAUGCCCAUCUAAGAUUGGAGAAAGUGCCAAUUUGUGAGCAAUUGAUUCUUACUUGCAUUUUGCCAACAUAGUAGGAAAGAGUUACUUGAGGAUGACAUUCUUGCUUCAGAAACCAUUAGCUUAGUUUUGUUUUGUGCAACUGCUAGCUUCAUAGAAUGUGUGCCAUUGUUGCUUUGGCAGAGAAAUGUAGAAUGUGUGCUGGAUGCCUCUUGUUUGAUGAACCAUGUCAGAUCAGCAAAAUAUCUUGCUUCUUUUGCUUUUUUUUUUGUACCAAAUGCACAUUUUUUUAGUCCUUAAUAUAUCUAUUGAAUCUUAACAAGAAUUGUUCAAUAAAGAAGUGCGAAUUAUAGUUUGUA